AUGUCUGCCAACAAGUACAUGUAUAACGCAUUGCUCACCGAAAAUGUCACAAAAACGUAUAAACAUGCAACUAAUAGCGCCGACAACGAAAUCAAUAGUGAAGCCAAAGUCAUCGCUGAGCGGUUGGAGAUUGAUGACCGAGUAAACGUCUUGGCGAAGUCGGAAGCAUUCAUCACAUUAAAAGAUCACAAAGAAAACUUUGAAAAGAAACUCCCAUGCCGCCUCAUCAACCCCGCCAAACCCCAGCUAGGCGUUGCGAGCAAGGAAAUUUUGGAGUCCGUCACUGAGCCUCUGCGGAGCCACGUCAAUCUAUGGAAGAACACGCACGCCGUCAUUGAUUGGUUUAAUGGCAUCCAGAACCCAAGGGAGUGUUCGUUCGUCGUGUUCGACAUAGUCGAAUUCUACCCGUCCAUCUCCGAGGAACUGCUGAAAAGUGCCCUGGAGCAUGCAAGUAGUAAUGCUCUCACCCGAAAGAGCAACGUCGAUAUCAUGAUGCACGCCAGAAAAUCACUGCUUUUCGCGGGUGUUCGAGCAUGGAUGAAAAAGGACAAAGACGAGAUUUUUGAUGUUACCAUGGGAUCGCAUGAUGGGGCGGAAGCCUGCGAGUUGGUUGGCGCUUUCAUCCUCAGUAAGCUAGUGCCGAUCUUCGGGAAAGAAAACGUGGGUCUCUACAGGGAUGAUGGCUUGGCCAUACUCCGAAAAGCUAAUGGCCACCGCGCGGACCGGGUCCGUAAGGAUGUUAUUGAGGCAUUCAGGAAACUCGGCCUGAGAAUAACAAUAGAUACCAACAUGAAAGCCGUGAACUUCCUCGACAUUACCAUGAACAUCGCAACCGGCAUCUACAAGCCCUACAGGAAGCCUAACGACACGCCACUAUAUGUCAACACAAAGUCCAACCACCCGCCUAGCGUGAUCAAGAGCAUACCUGUUGGCGUCAACAAGCGGCUCGUAUCAAUCUCAUGCACCAAGGAGGUCUUAGAGCAAGCGCGGCCGCUUUUUGCCGAUGCCCUACGCGCAAGCGGUCACGCAAGUGAACUGUCGUUCCCUGAUGAAGACCAACCGGCACCGGCAGCGGGCAGUCGUCCCAAGAAGAGAAAUCGUGACCGCAGGGUUAUCUGGUUCAACCCGCCAUAUAGUGCGAGUGUGGCCACAGGCAUCGGUGCACGGUUCCUGAGCCUCAUCCAAAAGCAUUUCCCUAAGGGCAGCAAGAUGCACAAAUUAUUCAACAGGAACACUGUGAAGAUCUCAUAUAGCUGCAUGCCGAAUAUGGCCCGACUCAUUAAGGCCCACAACAAGAGAGUGUUGCACCCACCAACACCGGACAAGGACUGCAACUGCAGGAUCAAGAACUCGUGUCCACUCGAAGGAAAGUGCCAGGCGGACAACGUCAUCUACCAGGCCAUGGUGUCGGACGACACUCGUAACGCCAAGGUCUAUACCGGCAUGUCUGCGCCGCCUUUCAAAGCUCGCUACUCCUACCAUUUGACUACGCUCAGGCAUGACCGCUAUGAGAAUUCCACCGAGUUGUCAAAGCAUGUUUGGUCGAUGAAGCGGGACAACAGACACUACGUCAUUGACUGGAAGAUCCGCGACAGGGCCACCUCGUUCGAUAACACGUGCAUCUGCAUGUGGCCUCUGCACUACCGAGAAGUAUCACAUCCUCGAAACCGACGCCCGCACUAG